AUGGGUUCAUCGGAGAAUGGAUAUAAGGAGUUACCUUCUUACCUGCACAAGAUUAGAAUGGCAAAUCCUGGGACCUUAGCUCGACUGGAAGUUGAUGCAAACAAUAGAUUUAAGUACUUAUUCCUUGCAUUCAGCGCUAGCAUUACUGGCUUCCCAUUUAUGAGAAAGGUUGUGGUGGUUGAUGGUACUUUCUUGCAAGGAAAAUACAAAGGAACGCUUCUCAUUGCAACAUCACAGGAUGGUAAUUUUCAGAUAUUUCCGAUAGCAUUUGCUGUGGUUGACACAGAGAAUGAUGAAUCAUGGACAUGGUUCUUCCGUCAACUCAGCCGUGUGAUACCCGAUGAUGAAGGAUUGGCAUUAAUUUCUGACAGGCACAAGUCAAUAAGAAAGGCAAUUUCAGUGGUCUAUCCGUUGGCUAGCACGGGAAUUUGCACGUACCACUUAUAUAAGAACAUCUUAUUACGGUACAGAGGACGUGAUCUGUUUGGUUUGGUCAAAAAAGCUGCGUACUCUUUUAGGUUAGCUGACUUUGAAGCAAGCUUCGAGACGAUUAAAGGGUUAAAUCCAGAUUUACAUGCAUAUUUGGAACGUGCUGAUGUGUGUAAGUGGGCUCGAGCGCAUUUUAGAGGUGAUAGAUAUAACAUCCUUACAAGUAACAUAGCUGAAUCCAUAAACAGAGCUUUGUCAGAUGUGAGAAGCUUGCCAAUUGUUCGCCUUUUAGAGUCUAUCCGAUUAAUGAUGACACGUUGGUUUGCAACAAGAAAACAUGAUGCUGACUUGAUGAAAACUUCUCUGACUCGUGGUGUGGAGAAGUUGUUGGAGGGCCGUAUACCUAUUGCUAAUCUAUUAAAGGUUCAAGCUAUCGACAUUCAUCAGUCACAAGUGAUGGGAGUCUCAUCUUUACAUGUUGUAAACCUUACAGAAAAAACAUGUUCUUGCCGUAGAUUUGAUUUGGAGAAGCUACCAUGUGCUCAUGCUAUAGCUGCUGCGGAAGCUAGAAAGAUAUCACGUAUAUCACUUUGUCACAAGUACUAUCGGACGCAGUACCUUUACAAUGCAUAUUUCACUCCUGUUAUGCCCAAUGCAGCUGAUGUUCCAAUUCCAGAAGAAGUUGCAAAGAGGAUCUGUUUGCCGCCUGAUGUCCGCCAACCACCGGGAAGACCCAAAAAAUCAAGACAUAAAUCUAUUUUGGAGAAAGUUGCAGACAAGAAGCGGCCAAGGAAGGAACACACAUGUAGAAUUUGUAACCAUGUGGGACACAAUUCUACAACAUGUCCUCUUAAGUGA